UGUGAAGGCAUAAGACAGGCGGAACGGACGACCUCCCUGUUCAGAGAUGGCGGCUGUGAGGUGGUGUAGCGGUGUCCUCCGCUCUGCAUAUAGAGGUGGGAUCUCUGCUCCAGUGAUAAAGACCAGCUGCCAAUUCCACAGCCUUCGACUCGUACAGCCCACACAAGAAACGUGCUACUUAUCAGCUCAUCACAGUGUCUCUAUUCAGCAAGCAAGAUCAGCGAGCAGCUUCUUUGGCAAAUUGACAGCAAAUGAACUAUGGAAAGGAGUGCUUGCAGAAUCAGGUGGAGGAGCUAGAAAGGGAAGAGGUAAAAGAACCAAGAAGAAGAUUAAAAAGAAUCUGAACCUUGGACAGCAUAUUGGUGAAGGAAAAUCUGGAUUUCUGUGGCCCGGUUUGAAUACACCUAUAGUAAUUAACAAAAAGGAACAAGCCAUUCAACAGCGGAAUAAAGAGCAACAGCAAGAAUUGCAAGCUCAGUUAUUUAGGGAGAGAGAUGAGUGGGACAAGAAAAAGAAGACCAGAAUUAAAAGACCAGAGAGAGGGUGGACUGGACGAAGCUGGGGUGGCGUCAGCAUUGGACAUCCCGAUCCAGGUCCUAAUGGAGAAACAUAUGAGGAUUUUGACUGCAAAGUGAUUGAGCUGAAAGGUGUAUUCAACAUGACAGCCAAAGAUGGAAGGAAGAGAUCUACGAGUGCCUUAGUGGUGGUUGGCAAUGGCAAUGGAGCAGCAGGAUUUGCAAUUGGAAAAGCCACCGACAGAAUGAUAGCACUAAGAAAAGCAAAGAACAGAGCUGUCCAUUAUUUGCAUUACAUAGAACGAUACAACAAUCAUACCAUAUAUCAUGACAUAACAACAAAAUUUAAGAGAUCAACAAUCAAAAUGAAGAAACAAAACUCAGGUUAUGGUCUCCAUUGCCAUAGAGCAAUCAUCACUGUCUGCAAACUGAUUGGCAUCAAGGACAUGUAUGCAAAAGUGUCAGGUUCUCACAAUCUGCUUAAUAUUACAAGGGCACUCUUCCAGGGCCUGACUACGCAGGAAACUCAUCAAGAACAAGCCAACAGAAAAGCACUUCAUGUUGUGGAGUUUAGAGAAGAAUGUGGUCCCCUCCCUAGAAUUGUAGCUUCACCUCAAGGAUCCCUUUCAACAGUUCCCGAACAUGAAGGAGAUAUAAAAGACAUACCGCUAGACUGGGAUGACAUUAAAGUGACCCAGGGAAUAAAACGCUCUGUCUGGGCUAAUGUGAAGAGGACAGUCUGUUGAAGAUCUAGAAACAAUGUGAAGGACUGUAAGGGAAACGGAUAUCAAGUGGCUGUUAAUCAUGUUUUUUGCCUAGGUAAUUAUUGUUAAGUAAUUGUUUCAGCACAAGGACACAUUGCUGAAACAUUAUGGCAAGUUGCCGCCAUAAAGUCAUGAUGAAGAAUUAUAAGACACAUGUCAUGUCCGUAUAAAAAAUGUGUAAAGUCCUCAAAAUGUAUGGUUUAUAUGUCCAAAGAAUGUCACUAAAAAUAAAGCUAGUUCAUUUGUACUUGA